AUGCGACGAGCGCGUCGUUGGACCUACUACCUCACGGGAGCGGUGGCCGUUGCCGGUCUAGGGUAUCUCGCAUGGCGGCCGUUACGCCGCUGGCUCACGAAGAAGGAGGCGGAGUGGAAGCUCUGGUCGGCUUGGAGCGGUGUGACGUCUCCGCAGACGCACUCACUGGGUACGAUUGUGCAGAGCGGUGCCGCGGGAGACCCCAGCGGAACCCCAACAAGCGACGAAGAAGCAUCAUCCGCUGUCGUUUCUGCGUUCCAAGUGUUCCGCCAGCAGUAUGAGACAAACAAACGGACCAUGACAGCGACUAUUGUAUCCUUAGGCGGAUUACUACAACAGCGUUUGGAACGUUUCUUUGAUACCGCAGGUAUCAUUCGCAAGCUCCGUGCUCAUACCGAGGAUACGAGUUGCAACGACCGGCCUUCAGAGGAUCCGACAACGGGGCAUUCGACGCAGCUGCUUUGGAAGCAACUCACGGUGCUCUCGCUUACCCGUGUUCUGGCUUCUGCUUAUGUUUACUGCCUUUUACAGGCCCUUGUGUGCGUGCAAGUCAACUUACUUGGUCGGUAUCUGAGUUUGGCGGCGGCGCUGGCGAACAGCGAACGCUACGAACGCCGCGAACGCCGUUCCAGUGUUCAGCACUCACUUCCUACCGAGAAGGAGCUACUCACAGAACUCCUGGCUUUACCUGGAGCGAACCUAGAACAGCCAAUGCGGCAGGUACAGAGGGCGUACCUGCGCCUCGCACGCAAACUCGGCGACGUGGAGUUUCUCGAAACGCUCAUCACAGAGAACAUCAUGCGCAGGGUGCAGCAUGAACUGGAGGAGCGGCGCUGGGAUCUACAGACGCCGCUGCAGAUCCACGAUUUGGCUAGCCUAUGGGAGAGCGCUCAUCGGUGUUUAUGCAGACGCGAGGCCGACUCCCAAGCGCCCUCGCAUCCGGGAACAGACGGGGAAGCGCAUGCGGAAAAAGCUUCGGGGUCAGCGAGCCAUGCGUCCAUGAGUUACCACUUGGAAACGUCUGUUUCACCGAAUGGACUCUGGAUGGCGUCCGUACUCGAACAUUUGAUUCAGGCGACGCGUCAGAGCCUGUUCGAGCAGUUGCACGCUGAUCAGCUGUUGACGGGGCCCCCGCGCGGCGACGUCGAGGCGCAUGGUGCCGGCCCCAGAACACAGCAUACGCUUCGGGGUACGGCGGCGCAGCAGGCAGCGCUGCAGCUCAACGCUCUUCUGGACGAGACCCUGGAUGUCAUCGAUAGUAUGGAUUUCGCUGAAUUUGCAGAGGCCAUCUUUGAUGCAGUUUGGCGGCAAAUGCUUGCCGACCUCGAGCAGACGCGGGCUUCGCGCGACCCUAACCCGUCGCUGGCGUUGCUUCAGUGGCUACCCAAAUGCGCCGCUACGAGCCGCCAAGUCUUUGUAGAUGAAAACUAUCAGCACGUUGCUCGAAACCAGCCGGUGUGUGAGCGGUUUGCCGCGCUGGUGUUCCUCUCCGGGGAGAAAGAGGGCGACGCACCUGGUCCAGCUGCCACGUGA